AUGAAGCGGUCGCAUCGCCUUCUCAGCUCCUUCACCCUCCCUGCCGGAAUGAACCCACGCAAGAAGUCCAAGCCAAACCCCGAGGCUCCCUCCGACGCAUCCACCAAGGCCCCAGCAGUCCCACAGGAUGCAAGUACGGCCGACACUACUCCCAGCAGUAGUGACAUCCUGCCAGAUGCACCUUCGGACCAGUCGGUAGCAGCGUCAACGUCUUCAGUUGGCGCCACAACACCGACCGCCUCCGGGGCACAGACACCGCGAGGCAAGAGGUGGCUUUCGGGCACGGGCAGUUGGCGCUCGAAAGCGCCUGCCAUAGUCCAGACCGCGAAGGAAAGCAUCGGAGUCAGUGGGGGCGCGACAGGCGAACUACCCGAUGAGGAAGCGAAGAAGGCAAGAGACGAGUCGCCCAAGAAGUUCCUGACCAAGCGCAAGUCGAGCAAGGGCGAUGCCAUACCCGCCUCCAUCACCCAGGUGAACGUAUCCUCAGACGGCCUCCUCGACGAAGCUCCAAAGCCAAAGCCACCGCCACAAGACGUCGAAGAGACGCCAGCACCCCAAGUAUCCGAGCCGCCAUUACCCCCCGAACCGCCCAAAUCACAAGUGGAUGCAGCUGCUAGUGCAUGGGGAUGGAAAUCUUGGUGGUCACGCCCCGACGGGUAUGCAGACCCGGCCAAAGUCAAAAGCGAGGCACACUCAAGCGUUGACGAAGCUUCCACCACGCCACUUCCUGGACCGACACCUUCAGAAGAGCCAGAUGCGCAAACGAAGGGCCUAGAUGUCGGCACUAUCCAACCCGACACCGACCAGGUCGCAGAUGCAGACAGGAAGGAUACGCCGAAAGAAGCGGCACCUCGUUCGGAUACAGAGUCGAGGGCUAUAGCAUCUACAACUGCCAAAGUCCUGGCGAGAGCUGCAUCUGGCUCUUGGUUUUGGACGUGGAGUAGUGCACAGAAUGCGCAGGCGAAUCCACCUUUAGUCGAGCCUCCCACUGAGAACAACGACCCAGCUAAAGUCGAUACCGAACCGCAGACUCUCCCCGAAACACCUGCCGAGAUCGAACCCACUGCGCCGCAAGAGACAACAGCACCCACCGCCCCGGAUGCGCCUAUCGAAACCCCUCAAAAGAGUACUACAGAACCCUCAAAACCCUCCGCAUGGGCUUUUUGGUAUAGGGGCAAGCCAGAAGACGAAAAGAAGCCAGGAGAGGCCGGACCGCAGAAACAUGUCGGCGAGGUCGCAGUGUUCGAUACCCCCUCACAAUCGAAUCCAGAGGCAGCGCAGUUCAACGAGCAAGAGCAGCCCAAAACAGACACCGAGACACCCAAAGAACCACAGCAGCCACCCAAAGGGGAACCUGUGACCAAGAAAUCGUUUGCAUCGUUACGAGGCAGACCGAAGACAAAGCCUCCCGCUAAAGACACGCCAGCAGAUACCCCGACGUCAAGUAAGCCCGCUACGCCGACGAAGGCCUCACCAGUGCUCGAGCCCACAAAACCCGAGACGAAGCCCGACGCGAAACCCGAGACAGGAACUGCUGCUAAGCAAGCGCUCAAGCAGGCAGCGAAGGCCAAGCAAGGACCGGCGAACCUCCUGCUACCAGAGUUCAGGACCACCUACCAAAUGGUCCAGCAACCAAACUUCUGGAAGCAAAUCCGGCGAUACUUCCUCGGAGGCGAGCCUGCGACCCCUCACCUACAUAUCAACCCGGCACCGCCGAAGAUCAAGAAGGCUGUAGCGAUUGGCGUACAUGGCUUCUUCCCUGCGCCUAUCAUUCAGAAGGUGCUAGGGCAACCAACGGGUACAUCAAUUCGAUUCGCGAAUGCAGCGGCAGCAGCGAUCAAAGACUGGACCGAAGCGCGGGGAUACAGUCCAGAGAUUGAGCAGAUAGCAUUAGAAGGAGAGGGCUUCAUUGCUGAGCGCGUCAACUCUUUGUGGAAACUCUUGCUGAACUGGAUCGAUCACCUGAAGCAAGCCGACUUCAUCUUGGUCGCCUGCCACUCGCAGGGUGUGCCGGUAGCUAUGAUGCUUGUCGCGAAGCUCAUACAGUUUGGAUGUGUCAACGCAACGAGAAUCGGAGUAUGCGCCAUGGCCGGUGUCAACAUGGGCCCAUUCAUCGAGUACAAGACGAAGUACUUUGGCCCUACGGCUGCCGAGUUGUUUGAGUUCUCCAACCCUAAAAGUCUUGUUAGUCAGAUGUAUCUCGCAGCUCUGGACGAAGUUCUUCGAUUCGGUGUGCGGAUACUGUACGUUGGUAGUAUCGACGACCAGCUGGUCUCUCUUGAAUCAUCAACGUUCUCAACGCUAUCGCAUCCCUACAUAUACCGCGCCGUCUUCGUCGAUGGCCGCAUCCAUGCGCCAGACUUCCUAACCCACCUCGUUGGCUUCGCCCUGAAGCUACGCAAUCUGGGUCUCCCCGAUCACGGCCUCAUCCGCGAACUCUCACCCGCCCUUGCAGGCUCACUAUAUGGCGGCGAAGGCCACUCUCGCGUUUACGAAGACCCUGCCAUCUAUUCCCUAGCCGUCCAACACGCCCUCGAAACAACAUCCCUACCGACACCAACAACGACUAAAGAGCGACCGAAUACCGCGGGCAGUUUUCAGGGCAUCAACAUCCCCAUCAUUGGUGAGAAGCUCGCAAGUAACAGUAAAAAGGAGGACGUAUUCAAACUUCGGGUGAAUCACUACGAGCCGACUGCCACCACAACAAACCCAAACCCUUACUUCUUACCUUGGGCGAUGAGAGGGUUGCUAGAAGAAGAGUUCGUCAAGAAAGAACUUGGAGAUGAAGUGGAGAAGUUGCUGGGCAUGUUUGAAGCGUGGAAGCCAACAGGGAAACAGCUCAAAGAUGUGAAAUUUAGACUUGAGGGAGUGCGAAGUAAGCUCUAA